AUGCACCCCACUUCCCUUAUAAUAACGUCGAGCUUGAUUAUUAUUUUUACACUAUUAACGUACCCUGUACUAACCACCUUUAACCCCCACCCCCAAGGACACAACUGGGCACUCUCUCAUGUCAAAACUGCAGUAAAACUGGCCUUUCUCGUCAGCCUUCUUCCUCUCUUCUUAUUUCUUAACGAAGGAGCAGAGACGAUUAUUACCUCCUGAAACUGAAUAAAUACCUCAACCUUUGACGUAAACAUCAGCUUCAAAUUUGACCAUUAUUCAGUUAUUUUCACCCCUAUUGCCCUAUAUGUAACUUGGUCCAUUUUAGAGUUCGCAUCUUGAUAUAUACAUGCCGACCCCUUCAUAAACCGGUUUUUCAAAUAUCUUCUUGUUUUUCUCAUUGCUAUAAUUACGCUAGUUACGGCAAACAACCUAUUUCAAAUUUUCAUUGGUUGGGAAGGAGUGGGCAUUAUAUCUUUCCUUCUUAUCGGAUGAUGAUACGGACGGGCAGAUGCAAACACCGCAGCCCUUCAAGCGGUUGUAUAUAAUCGCGUGGGUGAUAUCGGCCUUAUCUUUGCUAUAGCCUGAAUGGCCACAAAUCUAAACUCCUGAGAAAUACAACAAGUAUUUACAACCGCCAAAGAUUUUGACCUCACCUUCCCCCUACUAGGACUGAUUGUUGCCGCCACCGGCAAAUCAGCCCAAUUUGGGCUUCAUCCAUGGCUUCCCUCUGCCAUAGAGGGUCCCACACCGGUCUCUGCCCUACUGCACUCCAGCACAAUAGUUGUUGCAGGUAUCUUCCUUUUAAUCCGAAUAAGUCCUCUAUUGGCAGAAAACCAAACCGCUCUUACCGUCUGUCUUUGCCUUGGCGCCCUCACCACCCUGUUCACAGCCACCUGCGCCUUAACCCAAAAUGAUAUCAAAAAAAUUGUUGCAUUCUCAACAUCAAGCCAAUUAGGCUUAAUAAUAGUAACCAUUGGACUAAAUCAACCCCAAUUAGCCUUUCUACAUAUCUGCACACAUGCCUUCUUCAAAGCAAUGCUUUUCCUCUGCUCUGGCGCUAUUAUUCACAGUCUCAAUGAUGAGCAAGACAUUCGAAAAAUAGGAGGUAUACAUCAUCUCACCCCCUUUACAUCCUCCUGCUUAACCAUUGGGAGCCUCGCCCUCACAGGCACCCCCUUCUUAGCAGGCUUCUUCUCUAAAGACGCCAUUAUUGAAGCAUUAAACACAUCCCACCUAAACGCCUGAGCCCUAGUUCUGACCCUACUAGCUACCUCUUUUACCGCCAUCUACAGUCUCCGUGUCAUCUACUUUGUUACUAUGGGCCACCCCCGUUUUAAUUCUCUAUCCCCCAUUAAUGAAAAUAACCCAGCAGUAAUUAAUUCCCUUAAACGAUUAGCCUGAGGAAGCGUAAUUGCCGGCCUACUAAUCACCUCUAAUAUUCUUCCCCUAAAAACACCAGUAAUAACCAUACCUCCCCUACUCAAACUCGCCGCAUUAAUUGUCACAAUCCUAGGCCUUCUAUUAGCCUUAGAACUAGCCUCCUUAACAAGCAAACAAUUUAAACCCACCCCUCAUCUAGCAUUACACCACUUCUCUAAUAUAUUAGGCUUCUUCCCUGCAAUCAUUCACCGAUUUAUUCCUAAACUUAAUCUCGUCCUGGGUCAAACAAUUGCCAGCCAAAUAGUAGAUCAAACAUGACUAGAAAAAACCGGCCCUAAAGCCGUAGCCACCUUAAAUAUUCCUCUUGUUACAACUACAAGUAAUACUCAACGAGGCAUAAUUAAAACAUAUCUUGCUUUAUUCCUCUUAACCCUAGCCCUUACUACUCUUCUAUUUAUUUACUAA